GAAACGACGCGCGACGCUGAAACACCGAUGACGCAAAUAGUGUGUGCCGGAGCAGUGUAGUGUUGACAAGUUUUUGUUGGUGCCAGUCACAGAGAUGUCAACAGAACUGUAAGUUAGUCAUAUUUUCUCCGAUGAGGAUGAUCAAAAAUCCGUUUCACUUUUCUACGAUUUUUCUUUCGUCUGACAUCAGUGCUCAUCUUUAGCAUACGUAAGGGAAUAUAAAGACACAGAUGAUCGUGCAGUGUCAUAUCAAAAUGAUCAAUAAUUCAUGACAAAAACCAGGUGGAUUAGAAAUGUGGAUUGUUUACCCUUUGAAUACAAGGAUUUGCGAUUAAAAUAAGAACGUGAUUCAGUGGAUGUCGAGAACGAGCGUCGCCCUGGAGGACGAGGAGAAGCAGAGAUGCCCUGCUGGUGCCAGUCCACCCCACUUCACCCCAGACACCUCACACUCCUUACCCGAGAGACUGAAUUUGGAGCCACCCGUCAGCGCUGUGGAGACAAGCCCCUCCCCUUCUAGCAAUGGAACAGGCCUCCUGUCGUUGCCAUGGGAGAUAGUUACCCAGAUAGCCUCACAUCUCCCAGCACAAAACCUCACAAAUUCUCCUACGCAGGUAUGUCAGACGCUGGGAAAGCUUGGUGAGGAUCGCUUGGCGUUGCAGCUUCGGGCUCAAAAACUCUCGGGUCCUGCAGCGUCUUUCCCAGUCGGGCCAAAGGAGGAUUUUGAUUGGUCCAAGGCAUGCUUGGAAAUGGAGCAGCUGAUUGGCUGCUGGACCGGGCAUGAGAAUCAGGCAGAGAGACAGGAAGAGGCAGCUGGUGGCGUGAACAGUGAGAACUUGGUAGAUAUGCAGCUGGAUGUGGAUUUAAACGGUGCAGCGGAAGCGGGAGAAGAGAACGUGCAAGUUCAAUCCCAGAAUGCCUCUGAUAGUCCCCAUCUGAUUGCGUCAUCCAGCACUUCUUCGCCAUUGGAGCACAUCAUCCUUCCCUCUGGCCACAUUGCAGAUGUGAAUUGUGUCCUCCUUCUGGGUGGAGAAGAGGCGCUGUGUGUGUCCGGCUCUAGGGACAGAAAUGUGAACCUGUGGGACCUUCGAGAGGGUCCCAGAGGCAAGCUGAUGCACACUCUUACGGGAUGCGGGAGCAUUAGUACCCACCGGGGCUGGGUGUGGUGUCUGGCCUCCAGCGGACCUCUGCUGGCGUCUGGCUCGUUUGACAGCACCAUCAGGCUCUGGGAUCUUGAAGCCGGAGGAGCAGAACGGCGCCUCAUCCAGUGCAAAGCUGCAGUAUUAUGUCUGUCCUGUGAGAGGGACACGGUGCUGGCCGGGUCACAUGAUCAAAAAUUAAGCAUCUUUGACACCCGAGCUGCAGAUCCAUUGGUCAAGAGUCUUCAUCUUCACGGUGAUGCUGUGUUGUGCCUGGCGGCUGAUGACCAGUACAUCUUAUCAGGCAGUAAAGACCGAACCGUCGCUCUGUUCGACCGCAGGGCGGGAAAACUCCUGCAGAAAGUUAAGCUGAGUUCGUACCUGCUGUCUCUGUCCUACAGCGGUCGAGAGGUGUGGGCCGGGGAUAACCGUGGACUCGCGCACACCUUCUCCAUGCACAACAGCUCCCUGACACCUGUAUCCCAGUUUACCGUCCACAGGUCACUGGUCACCGGUGUUCACUACUCUCCUGGUGCUCUAUACACGUGCUCCUCUGACCGCACUAUCAAGGCAAGUCUUCUGUCAGUUAAAAAGAGUUUAGGUGAUCUUUAUCCAAGCUUAUCGGCAGCUCACAUCUCUUAUUGGAUGCAGGUCCACCUUCCAUCAUCACCACCCAAUACACUAUUCACCCUUCACCAUCCUUCUCAGUUAAGUAUUGAAGGAGGAACACUGGCCAUCGCUUCUGGUGACAUGAAUGUGGAAGUUUGGAGGCACAGAUGCGAAGAGUCUGAAAGCAUAUGAUAGCAGGGAACAAUAAGAACCAAUACAGUUCCUCAACUCUGCAUUUCCAGGAAUUUAUCAAUGCAUUAUGCUUUAAUUUGUUUAAUUUUAAUGAGAAAAAAAGAUGAAAAUGAAUGUUUUAGGUGUCUGAUACAUGUUUCUAGUGAUUCUAGAAACAAAAAUAUGACAUUCCUAGUUUUCUGUCAUUCUUCUUGUAGUGGUCACACUACGAUUGCACAGACAGAGUACAAAACAUUUCAGUGCCUCGUAACACAGGAACAACUUUUAUGAUUUGUGUGAUCAUCUCUUGAACAUAUCAACAAAAUUGAUGCUAAUAAUAUACUAAGCCUGAAAAUACAGUGAAUUCUAAAACACAUGCAGUAUAAUAUAGUAAAGUACAAACAAGUAUCAAAAAAUAUCUUGCUUUUCAGUAUUUAGCUCUCUAUAUAGUACACCAACUCAGUUAUUAAAAACGUGAUUUAAGUUCAGUUUUUUUAUACUUGUCAGUAUACUUACACAAGUAUACAGUUUACAAAUGAGGCACAAUGCUUUAAAAUGUAUGCACUUCACGACCAGAGCAAUCUACUAAAUAUCCUAAUUUUAAAUAUUUAUAUUUAUGAAUUAUUAAUAGUUAUUGCAGACAGUGCUGUUGUAUUGUUCUGUGACUGACUGAAUGUCCUGUAAAUGUCCAAAUUCUCUUUGAUUUUUAAAAAGCUUUAGAAAUGCAAAAUUUGAUGAUUCAGUUGGAUUUGUCAGCAUGUCGUUCUUAACGCUUCAAAUAAAAAGGGCGACUGCUGCAGA